AUGGCUUCCCCGACUCCUCGCAACGCGACCCAUGAGCAACACGAUCUCGUCACCCGCAUCCACAACGAUGCUCUCCUGACGCCCACGACGCUCCUGGGACGAGUCGAGAUUUCCAACCAAGACGCCCACACCGACUCCGGCUCCUCCGAAUCCGACAUCCAGCCCUCCAGGUCGAGCGACGUUCGGUCUCGGCACGCACGAUCAAUGAGUAACCCGUUCCCCUCGCUCUUCAACACCAAGAAGAAGCGCCGCGACUCUGUCGGCCGUGCUCCGCCCCCCAGCUUCGAGCCCGAGUGCGAACAAGGCCCCAUGGCCGGGCACAGCCCCCGAAGGCACACAAGAGGAGGUAUGUCGGGAAGCAACGACUUUUCGACCGGUCACUGCAUGACCUGUGCCUCGCUCGUCAAGUGGCCCAAGGAGCUCAAGGUGUUCAAAUGCACAAUCUGCUCCACCAUCAACGAUCUUGUCCCGGUGGAAAGCGAGAGCUACAAGAGCAGCAGACCCUCGAGUCGGAGGCGUGACGCAGGCAGGGACACCAGUGGCAGAGGCCAGUCAAUUUCCAUUCAGCACUCGAAAUGGCUCAUCAGACAGUGUCUCCGUUCCUUUCUCGUCCGGAGGCUCUGCGCCCGGUCCCAACCGGACUCCGAAGCUCGUUCAGACCAUCCGUCUCGUCCGCCCUACGGUGCUCCGCUACGCCCAACUGCGGAUGGCCGGGGAUAUGGCAGGUCUGCAUGGGAUGAAAGCGGGCAUCAGACAAGCGAUGGUCCACCGGCAUACGAACCAAGAGUCCAGACAAGUCCUCGUCGCGGAGAUCCGUCGGCGGGCCGCAAGGACGAAUACAAAAAGAUAUUUAAGCCAUUGGCAGAUUACAUUGUCGCCUGCUUCGGUUCCUUUACUUGUGUCAACUCCUCGUUCAUGGCCUCCUCCCGCCAGCCCACGCGCCACGGGGGCGACUUCUCGGUCCGGCGGAAGCCUUUGCCCUCUCGCGAGCCUCCGAAAGCUGUCGAGACUCCGCGAGGAGGUCCGCAAGGGGACGAUUUCCUCUCCGAGUUGGACCCCAAGAUGCUGCUUCUCGGCGACUUCGCCGAAAAUGGCACGUGGUGGACGGGCGGACAAGAUGGCGCGUCGGCGACAACCGCCCCUUCGGCAUAUCGAGUUGAGAGCGCUGGCAAAGUCUCUACCUCACCCAAGUCGCCUCAUCUGAAUUGGCAAGAAUUGAGUGAUUGGUACUCGUCCGUCAUCAAUGCCGCGGAGGGGUGGUUCGAGAUGUAUGACGAGGUCUCCCGGGAUCCCGACUUUGUGCGGCCAGCCGAGAAAGAUCUCGAGACGCUGGAAGGAGAAUUGCUUCGGGCGCAAACCCAGCUGCAGCGGGUCUUGCUCAAGGCUACGGAGCAGCUGCUCAAGAGGCCCGGGCGACCACUCGCAGCCCCCGUCCAUCUUCGGUUUCUCCUGGUCAUACUGGACAACCCGCUCUUGCACCCGGACCUUGCGACUUUCGAGGGAUUGAUGCAACCCGAGUCUGGGAGUGCCCCCACAUGGAGGGACUCGUCUCCCGAGAAAUCAUCGAGGCCAAGGACAGGACUUUUGUCUGGGCAGCACUCGGGCAUCAUCAAGCGUGUUGUCGGCCUCUUGUCCAACUCAUCAACAGAAUGCCACAACCAUCUGAUAAGCUGGCUCGCAAAGCUCCACACCGCGCGUUUUGUCCGAGCAAAGGAUCUAGUUUCCGGGUUUCUAACUUACCGCCUGCUGCGACAAAGCGUAAAGACACGUCCUGCCCGCGUGGACAUUACUGCCGGCCUGAUACCGGAGAUGCAAGUUGGCAGGUCUGUCGGAGCCUAUCUCCACGACGAAAUCGGGUCAGGCUCGUCCAAGAAGCAGAAAGAGUCGGAGAAGAAGAUCGCAUAUGCCGACGACUGGCAAAUCAAGGCCGCGGCGCGUGUCCUGGCCCUGCUGUUCGCGGCCAACAACCUCCAGAGCUUGCGGCACGGAGAUGGCGUGCUGCCAAACUCGGGCGAAGUACAGACUGCCGCUGUCCGCGACGGCGUCCACGCGAACGGCCAGCUUCUACCAACCAGCGACUUUUAUAACCUUGUUCUUGACAAUGCCGAUUUGGUGGGCGAUUUCGAGUCCUGGGAAUCAAAGAGGGCCAAGUUUUGUUUCUGCCAGUACCCGUUUCUCUUGAGCAUCUGGGCCAAGACCAAGAUCCUCGAGUAUGACGCUCGGCGACAGAUGCAGAACAAAGCACGCGAUGCUUUCUUUGACAGCAUCAUGACUCGGAGGAACAUCAAGCAGUACUUGGCCCUCGAUGUCCGUCGUGACUGUUUGGUAGACGACAGCUUGAAGGCCGUUAGCGAGGUCAUCGGGAGCGGCAGCGAAGACGUGAAAAAGGCACUGCGGAUAACCUUUAGAGGAGAGGAAGGAAUCGAUGGGGGAGGCUUGCGGAAGGAAUGGUUCUUACUCCUUGUCCGGGAGGUCUUCAACCCUGAUCACGGCAUGUUCCUGUACGACGAAGAUUCUCAGUACUGUUACUUUAACCCAAACUCAUUCGAGACCUCGGACCAGUUCUUCCUCGUGGGAGUCGUCAUGGGCUUGGCCAUCUACAACUCAACCAUCCUGGACGUUGCUCUCCCGCCUUUUGCAUUCCGGAAGCUUCUAGCAUCGGCUCCUACUCAUGGCCAAGGGCCGUCUGCGCAUCCCAGACCUACGAUGAAAUACUCGUUGGAUGACUUGGCCGAGUACAAACCACGCCUAGCGCGAGGACUGAGACAGCUACUCGAGUACGAUGGGGAUGUGGAGCCUACAUUCUCCUUGGACUUCAUGGUUGACAUGGAGAGGUACGGCACCACGGUCCAAGUGCCGCUCUGUCCUGGAGGUGAGCGAAAGCCGGUGACUAACAGCAAUCGACGAGAAUACGUCGAUCUCUACGUUCGCCAUGUUCUCGACACAGCCGUUGCAAGACAGUAUGAGCCAUUCAAAAGGGGAUUUUACACCGUGUGCGGCGGGAACGCCUUUUCGCUCUUCCGGCCCGAGGAAAUCGAGCUCCUGGUCCGUGGCUCCGACGCACCACUUGACAUUGAGGCUCUCAGAGCCGUUGCCGAGUAUGACAACUGGGGUAGCCGAACGCCAGAUGGAACGGAAGCCAUCGUUGGCUGGUUCUGGGAGACUUUCCAGAGCGCAGCGCCAGCAGACCAGCGUAGGAUGCUUUUGUUCAUCACUGGCAGCGACCGAAUUCCUGCCAUGGGCGCCGCCAUGCUGACAAUCAAGAUAUCCUGUCUCGGUGAAGACUGCGGCCGGUUCCCGAUUGCGAGGACUUGCUUCAACUUGCUGUCGCUGUGGCGGUAUGCAUCGAAGGAGAGGCUCGAGGGCAUGCUGUGGAGGGCAGUGCGUGAGAGCGAGGGGUUUGGCUUAAAGUAG